AUGGUCGAACAGACAGGAACCCCUGAACGCAAAACACGAAGCAGGCAUCGGAAAGUCAAGCUGCUGGAGGCAGAAAUAUGUAAAGGAAGAGAACCAGAGACGGAGCAAGGUGGAGCAGGCAUGGAACGAAAGCGGGUGGGAACACUCCCAGUCGGGAUGGCCAAGUCAAAGCCACCGGAACCUGAUACCCACCUUCAGCCGCACGUCCCCUUGGGUCAUGGGUUGCAUGAAUGA